AUGCUUGGUGCCAAUGCAGCUGGUGUUGCACGCCAAGACAUCUACCUCUUCCAGGUCCAGGCAACCGGCAACCACUUCUUUUCUUCCUCUAGCCAUACAGAUCCAGCUGGCUUUUGCAGACUAAAACCGACCGUCCUCAAAACACACGGCUUGUUCAACGAAAUCGACAAUACCUGCCCUCGUCGCAAUAAGAGAACAAUCAGAUUUAAUGCGGCUGACAUCGGUGUCCGUGCCGUGUACAAUGUGAGCCUAUGGGGCUUUUGCCGUACCCCUCAAAAUGGUUCCCGGGCGUGCUCAGAACCUAGACUCAACUGGGCGGAGGCAUCACUGAAUGAGGCCAAACGCAACGUUGAAGAUUGGAUCAACGCAAAGGACCGUCACAUAGCCCUACCAGAGCGCUUUACGGACAUGAUUCACAAAUUUAGUCUCUUGACCCUCUUGGCCGAAGUUUUCUCUGUUAUUGCCGUUAUGGCACUUAGUACCGAGUUAGUUUUCGGCAUCUUUGCAACUCGCAGCCUUGUUGUCUCCUGUGCCACAUUCCUUGUGGCAUGCGUCGCCACUGUUGCCGUCUGCAUUACGGUAUGCGCUGCGACACUCAUGCUUGUUGUUUCUACGUUCUCCAUAGAUUUCGGGGUCAUCCCUAGUAGGUGGUUUCUGGCACUCCCGAUUAGCGCCGUUUUCGCUAUCGCUGCCUGUAUCUCCUGGCUUUUUACCACAUGCUGCUGCUGUGCUCCAGAUAACGGCCGCCGCCAGCGUGGUAGGGAUCGCAAAAGUGAGACGCUCGUUCCGUCUAGCUUCUAUGAAGCCCAGGCACAGCAUCCAACGCUUGGUCCACAGUUACGCUGA